ACAUUUUACAAAUAACAAUAUUCCAUUGAAUCCAACAAAGAGAACUCAUAUUUGGAAGUCGAAGAAAUUAGUAUUAUUGGAACACUACUACUUAGAGAUGAUUUUUUUAGAAUUUAAUAAUUUUCAGUACACAGUAAUUUGAAAAUCUUUUCUCUAUCACCGAAUGUUUAGCGAAUGCCAUAUUGCAGCCAUAGCAAUCAAUAUUUCAGGAUAAUAAUACAUGUUCGAUUUUCAACAUAAGUGGCAGGCAUCAAUACAACCGUAAAAUUGUCAUUUUCUUAUCUAUAAUACAAUUGUCGCACAAUGUCGAUUAAUUUAAGUAUGCAAUAAUGUAUACCUGUCGUAUAAGGAAACGAGUCGAAAUUAUACUUAAAAAUUAUAUAUACAGUUAGAUAGAUAGAGUAUCAUCAAAUGUCGAAUUUAAUUACAUUUAUCAGAUUGAUUUCUUCCAUUCUCGAAGGAAGAAGAUUCAUCCCUUUGAAACGACGAUUGUUUCUACAAUAAAUACUGGAAAUAUGGAUAUAUUUCAGAAAACCGAAAGACAGUAUCCCGAAAUAUUUGACAUUCCUUACUAUAAAAUGGUCGAGAAAUAUUUUCAACUUUUGGGACAAGAUCCGCGUUUAAAGAGUAAUUUCAGAAAUUGUAUAGUAACAGUGGUGGUGAUUAGUAUUUCAAGCAAUAUUGUUCCAACGUCAAUAGAAUUAUACACAUCGUUAUGUGACAAGAAUAUGGACGCAGUGAUCGAGGGUCUACCACAUUUUAUCGCAGCUACCAUUAGCGCCGUUAAAAUAUUGAAUAUAUAUUUCUAUAGAGAAAACUUUGACAAAUUAUUUCAAUUUGUGGCAAGUGAAUGGAACAAGCUGAAAUUAAAUAAUGAAUUGCACAUUCUUGAUAAUACUGUUAUACAAGGAACAAAAUGGCGCAAUUAUACCGAAGUGCAUUAUUGACAGCUCUAGUAUUGUUCCUAUUGAUUCCAUUACUUUCUCCCAUAUUGGACAUCGUUCUUCCAUUAAAUGAAACUCGACCACGGCAACAACUGCUGAAAGUUAAUUAUUUAUUUUUUAACGAUGACAAUUAUUUUUUCUAUGUAUAUUUGCAACUUGCUUGGGGAUCAAUCAUGGUUGUAGUAACCAUAGUUGCCGUAGAUUCGUUAUUGAUUCUUAUAAUUCAUCAUUGCAGCGGAUUAUUUACAGUUUGCGGAUACCAAGUACAAAAAGUAACAAGAAAUGCGAAAUCACUCAAUGAAAUUGUUUCAAAUAAUUACACAUACGAACAAAUCAAGAAUUGCGUGAUCACGCACGAUGAAGCUAUCCAGUUUGUAUUUAUCAAAUAACAAUAAAAUACACGUUUCAAAUAAUAAUGUAAAAAU